AUUGAUGAUAGUGAUGAAUUGAUAGUAUCAAUCUGAGAUUCGUGAUAUGCGGAUGAUUGAAUUAGUGUCUUGAUACCAUUAAGUUUUUCCACAAGUCCUGCAUCAUCUUUUAAAUAUAACAAGAGAACUGCAGGAUCAUUGUGAGCGAUGGAGACUACAGGUAUGAUGAGUGAUGCUAAUCAAUCUCCAACUAUUAAUCAAGAGAGUAAGAAAUUGUGGCAAUAUCUUGCUGCGUGCUCAGCAAGUUUAUUAGCCGUAGGAGUAGGUAAUGCUCUAGCAUGGACUUCCCCGGUAUUACCGAAACUCGGAGCCACAGAUUCUUGGUUACCAAUAACUCCUGAGCAAGGCUCUUGGGUGAGCUCACUAUGUGCUAUUGGAGCAAUGGUUGGAGCACUUCCAGCUGGAGCUAUGGCAGAUAAAUUAGGCCGAAAGAAAGCUCUUUUAUUUUUAUCAGGGCCAUUUCUUCUCUCUUGGUUGUUAAUACUCAUCGCAAAAUCUGUCUGGAUGUUAUAUGCAGCAAGAUUUAUUGUUGGUAUUUCAGUUGGAGCAUCUUGUGUUCUCGUGCCAGCAUAUAUUGCUGAAAUUGCAUCUCCAUCGGCACGAGGAACUCUAGGUGCUAUGUUUCAGCUUUUCUUAGCAUCUGGAAUAGUGGCAACUUUCAUAUUUGGAUCGUAUACAUCUUAUACAGUUCUUGCAAUCCUAUGUGCUAUUGUUGAAAUUCUUUUUAUAGCCACGUUUGUUUGGAUGCAUGAAUCACCAAUGUGGCUUGUGGGCCAAGGAAGAAAGACGGAAGCUUCAAAAGCUCUGCAAAUAUUUCGAGGCAGCGAUUACGACCUCAGUGAAGAACUAUCAGUAAUGCAACGAGAAGUUGAAGAAAAUGCUUCCAAAAAGAGCUCCAUAUUUGAUUUAAUAAAAACCCCUGGAUCUAGAAAAGCGGUUUUAGGCUCUUUUGGUAUGAUGGCAUUCCAACAAUUGUCUGGAAUUAAUGCAGUCAUUUUCUAUACAGUAACAAUCUUUGAAGCUGCUGGAAGUGAUUUAAAUGCUGAUCUUGCUGCUAUUAUUGUUGCUCUUGUUCAAGCAGUGAUGGCAGGAGUUGCUGCUCUGAUUGUAGACAGAGCUGGACGAAAACCACUUUUAUUAUUUUCUUCAGCAUUUAUGUCUCUUAGUUUAAUAGCCCUUGGAUUAUAUUUCAAGCUUAAAGAUGGUGAUCAGGAUGUCUCUAAUCUCGGCUGGCUUCCUCUUUUAUCACUAACGUUAUUUAUGAUUGCAUUUUCUAUAGGAUUGGGACCAAUUCCUUGGAUGUUGAUGGGAGAGUUAUUCACAGCGGAAACGAAAGCUUUAGCAUCAGGUUUAGCUGUCAUGCUCAAUUGGUUUCUAGUGUUUCUUGUAACAAAAACAUUUCCUUCCAUGAAAGAACAACUUGGAGCUGGAGUUACUUUCUGGGUUUUUGCUGGCAUAAUGGCAUUUGCUACUGUCUUUGAAUAUUUCUUCCUAAUUGAAACUAAAGGAAAGACACUUCAAGAGAUACAGAAUGAAUUAAAUGGUGUCGUAAGACCAGUCUCAGGCAGUGUAUCAUCAAAUUUACCGUUAAUCGGAGGGUUAAAAAUACAAUUGAUUAUUAUAAGAACGUAUAAAAGAUCAAAUCGCCCCACCAUGAAUAAGUCAGAGAAUUCCAGUAUGAUAGAGGGGCGGUAUAAAGAGUAUCAAUACGAGCUGGUGGACAAGAGUUUUUCCAAAUCUUCAGCUGGCUUUUGUACUAUUUCCACUAGUCAUCAAAAUCACUCUACAGUGUCACACGUUGUUGAAGACGAUAACAUUCGGUCAGUGAAAAAAAAUCCGGGUAAAAACAUAAUGGCCCAUGAGAAGGGCUCCCAGCUUCUUCAAUUUGUAGCAGCUAUAGCUGCGAAUCUAAGUAUUGUUGCUGGAGGAUCAAUGCUUGGCUGGACUAGUCCAACUCUUUUCAAGCUUGAAAAAAGCCCUGUAGUGGAAGACAACCCUCUAGGUGUUUCAAUUAGCAAAGAUGAAUCGUCUUGGGUUGGAUCUCUCGUUUCUGUUGGUGCACUUAUCGGCAGUUUUCUUGCAGCAUAUUUAGCUGAAAAAUUUGGAAGAAGGGUAACACUUCUUUCCUCCGUUAUACCUUUUCUGAUAUCUUGGAUUCUCAUUGCUUCAGCCACAGUCAUAGAAGUUCUAUAUGCAGCUCGAUUGAUUGCUGGUCUUUCCAUUGCAUUUCCCUUCACAGUCUUGCCAAUGUAUUGUGGAGAAAUUGCUGAACCUUCGAUUCGAGGAAUACUUGGAUCAUUUCUUCAAUUAUUCAUCACUGUUGGAUUGCUCUAUGCAUAUGCUAUUGGACCAUAUGUUUCUUAUACAGUAUUUUGGAUUACUUGUGCUGCACUGCCCAUUGCCUUUUUUGUCUGUUUCUUUAAAAUGCCAGAAUCUCCAUAUUUUUUGGCUGCUCAGGGUCGCAAAAGUGAGGUGAUUGAUGUAUUAGCAAAGCUUAGAGGAAAAAGCACAUCUGCAGUGAAAGAUGAAGCUGAUGAAAUUCAGGCGGUGGUUGAAGAAGCUUUUAGCAAAGAAGCCAGUUUUACAGAUCUAUUCACAGUGAAAACAAACUUCAAGGCUCUUGUCUUCACCUGCGCAUUGGUAACAUUUCAACAAACAACUGGAAUAAACGUUGUUCUCUUUUAUUCUGAAACUAUUUUUGCUAGUGCCGGAAACAGUGGGAUUAAUUCUUCUUUAGAAACAAUUAUAGUUGGAUUAGUUCAACUUGGUGCAUCAUGUAUUACUCCGCUGGUAGUAGAUCGAUUGGGACGGAGAUUAUUAUUGAUAGCAUCAGGUGUAGGAACUACAUUGAGCCUGGGAACUUUGGGACUCUUUUUUUAUCUUAAGGAUGAGGCAAAAACUGAUGUAAGCAGUAUUGGCUGGUUGCCAAUAGUUUCCUUGAUGGUAUUCAUUGCUACUUAUAGUAUUGGAUGGGGUCCAUUGCCUUGGACAGUGAUGGGAGAAAUGUUUGCUUCAGAAGUUAAAACCAAAGCAUCUGGAAUUACUGUAUUUGUGUGUUGGACAUUGGCAUUUUUGAUUACUAAAUAUUUCAGUGCUGUAACAUCCACCUUUGGUGAUUUUGCUGCAUACUGGCUUUUCGCAGUAUUAUGUAUUUUGAGUGUUCUAUUCACACUCUUCAUACUUCCAGAAACAAAGGGUAAAACUUUACAAGAAAUUCAAAGUGAAUUAAGCGGAGAUUACAAGUAAUUUAAUAAUUAUUGUAUUAUAUGAUGAACAAAUAAAUAAUAUAAUUUUCAUUAUUUUU